AUGCAGAAGGAAAGUUUGUUCAACCUUACAAAGCAGUUCUUCACCCUUCUCUUUGUAGGGCAGCUUUAUCAAGUAAAUAUGCCUGUUAUGGUUGCACAUGGCCAAGGAGAUGCAAGUAUUCUGCAACAUCCUCUUCAGCAGAUGUUUCAGCCCAUUGGCCAACCUUCAGUUCUGAAAACAAAUGUUGCUAGUGUUGCUCCAGUGAGAACAUCUUCUCUCCAGGCAACUGCUGAAACGUUGCAAACCCAGAAGACUGAAGUCCAACAAACUGUGAUAUUUCAACCGAGUGCCUUACAGAAUAAACACCCAGAGAACUCCACCAAUACUGCGCUGUUUCAGCAGCCUGCAGUGAGUCAGCAGGAAAUUGCGACUAAUGCAGUGUUGAAUCAGUGUGCAGAGUUAACAGAAAAAUCCCAAUACGGCAAUCUUCAUACAGCUGUGUUUACUUCAGGAUCCUCUCAAGUGUUUUCUCCUGCUGAAUCCUUGGCAAAUGACCCAGGCAGUGUGCUGCUGCCAGAUGUGGAGGGGCAGUUAGACAUGAAACCUCAGGAAACAGUGCAACAGCAGGUGUCUGAUGAUAUCAUUGAGCUGAUUAUAAAAGGCAAAAGUUUAGAUGAUAACGCUGCUCUGAAAGACCAGGACAGAGAGGCUCCCAGAGACAAGAUGGAACCUACUGAGCAAGUGGAAUCUGAUUUACAAUCAGAGAGGGGUAUCUGCAGUGACGCUGAAGGCGUAAUUCAGCUAGAUGGAACUUGUGAUGGUUCUCCCAAGAAAGAAGUACUACAUACAAAAGAUACAGAAGAGAAUGAGUUCAUUGACAUUAUUGAAUCAGAGGAUUUGAAGAUUCUAGAGGGUGAAGAAGAUGAAGAAGCUGACAGUAUUUCAAACUCUGAGUCUAGCAGCAGCUGUGACAAUGAAGAGCCCCAAACAGACAUUGUUGAGGAGGACCCACUAAAUUCUGAUGAUGAUGUCAGUGACCUGGACAUUGCAGACUUGUUUGACACCAACAACGUGAUAGUUUGUCAGUAUGAGAAGGUAUGGUAUGUAGUUUUGUCUUUGUCCCUUACUUGCUUUAAAUGUCUUCAGAUCUGGCCUGCUUUUGGUGCCUUUUAAAGAAAAACUAAUGUAAUAGAUGUAAUAGAUUGAUUAGCUGCCAGUAGUCUGAAGAUUUGUGUGUUGUUUUCUGAAAUGUGGAUAAUCAAAUUGUUCGUAAGGGCCUACUAGGGGGGAAUGAGAUAAAGGUUGAAUGUUUCAAAAUUAAGACUUGUAAACCUGCUAAAGCUUACGUGCUUCCUUAAUUUCUAAGUAACAUGAACAGUUCCGUGGAUGCAUGGCAGCACUUUAGCCAUGGAUUAAGAUUUUGAAAUGGAUAACAGAAAACAAGUGUGUGUACUGUUCUUAGUUCUCACUUUGAAGUGCUUCUUGAAAGAUUUUAGUACAAGAAUUCUGUUGUCUGAAAAACAAUUGCUAAUGGCCAUUUUGCCCUGUUUUAUUUUUAAUAUUGAAAAUAUAGCCUUAUUUUGAGUUCUCAGAGAUCAAAUGAAGUACUUGGUUUGUUUUGGACAUUUACAUGUCUAUAGCUUAAAGGCUGACAAAGCAAAGUAUGUAUCUUAUUUUGAAAGCAAAUAUGGAAUAAGAUUCCAAUAGUUUGCAAAGGUUGACUUGGCUUUUAUGCUUUCAUAAGAGACUUGUGAUAAUUCUUGUAUGUUCAGCUAGGUCUGCCUUAAAGGGAUCUGUGUUCUAGGAAACAAUGGGCUGCUAAGAAAACUGUCUUUACUAAAGUAUAACAGAUUGAGCUUCUGAAGAUAGUUAUUUUGGAAGAUGUAGCUGCAGGGAUAUGUGUGGAGAAGGCAUCAGAAAUUGAGUCUGUGUUGUUGCAGACGUACCAGUACACAAAGGUUUGAAGCAUCGUAACUUAAUUUGAUACCACGAUUGCUAUAGGUAGUGGAUUUCACAUCUAUAGCAAGUUUUGUCUGUAAUGAGUUGAAAAAUCAGUUCAGUGUUUUUUCUUAAACUGGCAUGAAGUUCAACACUAGAUAAGUCUAUAGGAAAUUUAAUAUCAGAUGCCUCUGGAAAUUGGCAGUUAGGGAAGUUGAGGGAGGUGUUGGUAACUUCCCCUUUUCCAACGUAGAUUUAAUAAAACAUAUCGAUGUAAUAGAAAGUAGAUGGAAACAGUUACCUAUGAAAUUAUCUUGUUACCUGUAAAAGAAUGCCAAAAGCAAAAUGGCUGUCCUUUCUCCUCCUGUUCUCACACGUCCUGAAUUUGAAGAUAAGCUGAUGCUUACAACAAAGGAAACUUUUAGAGAUGUUUAAAUUCCUUCUUUGCUAUCAAACAUAAACUUUCUGUAGUAUGAAUCUUCUUGCAGGCCUUUAAUAAGAAAUAAUAUGUAAAGUCUAUCUUGCUGUUUUGUAUGGCAGCUUUUGCUUUUUGAGCAACGCCCUUCUGUUUUUAGUAUUACCCUACCAUCCUCUGUGCAUGCAGUAUUGCUUUGUCGUGCACAUGGGAAAAGGAAAUGACUGCAUUGUGGUUAAGCUGUACUUGUUUGGAAGGUGCAGUGUAUUGGGGAGUGGUACAAUAUUUAUAUUGCUUUCUUUUUUUCUCUGCUUUCAUACAGUUUCCUUUCUCUACUGGAUGGUGUAGAUGAGGGGGUAAGAGGGUUGUUUUAUAGUUUAUUAGUGUUUUCAAAGGGAGAUGGAAAAAUUGGAAGAUUCAGGAAGUUGCUCUCUGGAGAGGGCAAGGAAUUUGGGAUGAACAGUUGAUAUCCGCUGCCUUUAUUGAGUAUUUGUGGCAUUUUCAAAGAGUAUCUUGCAUGUUUGGAGCUGCCAUUUUAAAAUAAAACCAAAUUUUGCGUACC